CCGCGUCCCCGCCCCCGUUCUCCCCGCACUGCGCAUGCGCGGCGCGGCCGCAUGAGGAGGCGGCCCCCUCCGCCCCCGCCGCGGCCGCCGGCCCCCGCCGCGCUCGGCGCCAUGUCGGACCGGCUCGGCAAGCCGACCUGCCUCAUCGUCGCCAGCGCCGCUGCCGCGGGUGUGUCAGCCCAGUCCUUCCUUCACUGCUUCACACUGACUAGCUCUGCUUUUAAUCUGCAAGUUGCAACUCCUGGGGGGAAGUCAAUUGAUUUUGUGGAUGUGAACGAGAGCAACAUGCGCUGGAUACAGGACUUCCGUAUGAAAUCGUAUGCAAACCCUGCCAAGUUGGAGUCAAUUGAUGGUGCUAGAUACCAUGCAUUGCUGAUUCCAAACUGUCCUGGGGCUAUGACUGACCUUGCAAACAGUGGGUACCUGGCUAAGAUACUGCAGCACUUCAGCACUGAGAACAAGCCUAUCUGUGCGGUUGGGCACGGAGUUGCAGCUUUGUGUUGUGCCACCAAUGAGGAUAAAUCCUGGGUAUUUCAGGGAUACAGCCUGACAGGGCCCUCUGUGUACGAACUAGUAAGGCAGCCUAACUUUGCCAGUUUGUCCAUUAUUGUGGAAGAUUUUGUGAAAGAUUCUGGAGCUACGUUUAGCGCCAGCAGUCCGGAUGCUGUACAUGUCGUGCUGGACCGGCACCUGGUGACAGGACAGAAUGAGAAUUCCACUCUUCCUGCAGUCCAGAAUCUUCUUAUUCUUUGCAACGUCAGCAGGAAAUGAAGGAGCAGGUCUCUUUGCAAAUAGGAUGGAUGAAGAGCCAGCAGGCUAAGGAUUUUCUUGUCUGUUAACUGGAUAAAACAUCCCUCUAAAUUUCAGUCCUGGACUAUGAAGUGACUGUGACAGUGAAGUGGCAAUGUCAGGUUUUGUGUGUAUAGAAUGGAUGAAGGUUGUGAAUAAGAAAACUUUGAAGUGCAUCACACUUCAGAAGCAAUUAUGAAACUCCCUUGCAUUUUUGUUGCUACAUCUUUUUUCACUGCUGCUCUCUAGACAUCUCUUAAUUUACAGAUGUGGGAACUUUCUUGUUUAAAAAAAAAAGUUGGUGCUAUGAAUACAAAUUGCUGAAGCUGAAGACCCUGCUCUAGGCUGACAUUAUACUGAUCGUUAGUAGCUCUGCCCCAAAGAGCACUUGGAACUCUGUGAACCAUCUGGUGUGUUUGUUUCAAAUAUCAAAAUCUACACCUAGAGCUUCAUUGAAAUGCAAUUUCAGAUGCGUUCCCACCUUUCUUUUGGUAAAUCACAAAGUUACUGUCUGAACUCUGAAUGUGUCUGGGACACUUGGAUAUACUUGGAAUAGGAUGGAAAAUGUUUAGCUGAACUCUGAAUAAAGCAGAAUCAGUUGUUUGAAGGCAGCACACUGUGGUGAUACUGUUAGCAUAAUGUGCUCUUGUUUUCUUCCUUGCCUGUUCACGUUAUUGGACUUCUGUUUAAAAAGCUUGCUCAGCUGUUUUUAAAUGGUCUUCUAACUGGUUAUCUGUUCUCCUUUGUGGUGCUUAUGUUACGAUUUUUGUUCUCUUUGAAAUGUUUGAAAUACUUCUCGCAAGUACAUUGGGGUUGUCUCUUGCUGGAAUCUUAUGGACAAAGGAAGAAAAAAUGUAGGCAGCUAAUGUGGAUCACAUCUUCUGAGGAACCAACUGUAAGAUGAAAUCUGGCCUUCUCUUUCCCUUUGAGCAGCAGAUGUGGCUUGAAGUUGAGCAUGGAAAGGAAUAAUCAGACCAAAAAUAUUUUUUCAGUGUUGCAGGCUCAAACAUACUAAAUCUAUGGGAAAGUAGACAGAUUAACAUUUUUCCUGCACUCUUGGAACUGAGAGCAACUUUUCUGCAGUGCUGUGUGAGGGAAAGGACCUUUGUGGUUGCAUUGAUUUUUUUUUUCUUAACAGGGUAAUACGAUGUAUUGGUUAUAACCAGUCAUCAAGCAGAGUAAUUUUAUGUCUUUCUGUAGAAAUUCAAUUUUUUAGUUCUGUCUCAAGAAUUCAGUGUGAUUUUAAAAGAUAAUCUGCUAUGGGAUUUGUUGGGUCUUCUACUGUUAUAUGCUGGAGCCCAGCUUACAGAUUUUUGGCUUUCGUAGAAAUUAAAAUUAGAAUUUGAAAUUAAAAUUGGGCUUUGAUAGAAAUUAAACUAUCAAAUAGCUUUGGUAGCUUGAAUCCUUGUUCCUGACAAGUCGUCUUAGGGAUCUGUUGACCUCUGUCACUAUCAGGGCAUACUUUCCAUCUGGAGUUCUAGUGGGCUGUCUACUGAAAUCAUGCAGAAAGUUUUUGUAUUUGUACUGCAGUAAUAUUUGGAAUUGGGGUCAUUUUGUGUUGAACACUGGGCACCUACAGCCAGGAGACACUCUGCCACCAAAAACCUUUAUUUAAACAGAGGAGGUGAAGCCUCAUGCUGUAGACUCCACUGAUUGCCUGAGUAGGGAACUUAGUGGGGCUGGAGUCAGGUAUUUGGGGUCCUGGCAGAGGUGGGUGCAAUUUAUGUGGUUUCUGAGGUGAGGGAGCUUUGCCACACCUGAUCUAACACCUGACUGCAGCUGCAAAGCGAAGUCUUGUUUCUGAAGUGGGAGUCUGAGAGGCUACAAGUCUGUAUUGCCUUUGAGACUGUGCUUUCAUGUGACUUUGGCAAAAUCCCUAGACCUUUCAUUGCCUGCCUGUAAAAAGAGAAUAUUGCUGUCUACCCCAUGUCCUGUUUUCUUCCUUAAUUGUGAAGUUCUGUCCAGGCUCAUUGAUAAGCUGCCAGGUGAACAAACAGUAUUCAGCCCACUACAGACCUUGAUCAAUUCUCUAUUGUACUAUUUUUCCUUCUUUUGUGGCAGCCAGGACCUGUUGGAACUGCUCUGUUUGUGCCUGUAUCGGGAAGUACACUGAUGUACAAAGUAUACUGCCUUUAGAUUUUUGUAACACUUCCUUGUUCUUCCCAUAUGGGAGCAGAUAAAGAGGAGUUACUGUGUGUAUCUUCAUUCUUUCA